AUGCACGUGGGCCGCAGCAAGACGCAGGUGGCGGCACGUGAGGCGCAUGGGUUCGGCAGCGGCGUUAUGGGGGCGUGGGUGGAGUGGCGCGGCCUAACUCAGACUGAUGACCGGCUAAGUGCCGGGCCCAUCACGGCGCAGGCGCGGACGCAGGCCUCUCUCCAGGCCGGCCAUUCUUCUCCGGCCCCCGGGGGUGUACAUCGGCCGUCGCCGGCGAUUACGCUGCUAACGAGGAGCUCGUGCAGGCUGGCCAUCGCCCUCGCCCCCGUGCUUACGGAAGCCGGGCAGGGCAGCGCCGGCGCGUGGGGCUGUGGGCCCAGCCCCCGCAGUGCCGCCUCCGACACGGGAAGGCCAUCAGCGGCAGCCGGCCGCAGACACCGCCCCCGCAUUUUUCACGACGGCCACCGGAGGGCCGCUAACGCUCCGGGGACACUCAGCCGCCUUCCGGCGCCACACAGCCAUUCAUCCACUUUGUUCCACCUAAUAGCGGAUGCUUCCACUCUGCUGAGACGUGCAUCUUCCAACAGCGUCCUUUACGUGUCGCAGGGGUACCAGCUGCAGGUGCACAACGUGUUCUGCAUCCGCGGCAACGUGGCGGUGCUGACGUGCAACAUCCCGGCGCAGGUCCGCGGCCUGCUCACCGUCACCAGCUGGCUCAAGGACGAACCCCUGCUCGGCAGAUCGGCACUUCACCCCGGCGGCAGGUACACUCCGACGACGGGCGGCACGCUGCACGUGCGCGACACGGCGCCAGAGGACACGUACUCCCGCUUCUACUGCCAGACGGUGCACCAGCUCACGGGGGAGCGGCGCAUCAGCAUGCCGGGGCAGAUCAUCGUCACUGAGCCGGACGGCAACAUGCAGCCCCGCAUCGAGCACUCGGCGGCCAGCGUGGUGGCGCGCGCCGGCAGCCCGGCGGACCUGGUGUGUGCCGCCCAGGGCUUCCCCCCGCCCACAUACAGGUGGUUCCGGGAGACGGGAGGUGCGCUGACGGAGGUCCGCGCCCAGGGGCUGGUGCGCCCCCUGCACAGCGUGCUGCAGUUUCCGCGCGUGCAGCCGGAGGACUCUGCGCGCUACGUGUGCGUUGCCACCAACAGCGUGGGCGAGGACCGCCGCCAGAUCACGCUCAGCGUCUCCACGCCGCUCACCGCGCACAUCCGCCCUCAACAGCAGGUGGUGGACGCUGGCGCUCGAGCCUCCUUCAAUUGCUCCGUGCGCGGCGGCGGCGGCGACGGCAGCGGCCUGCACGUGGCUUGGCUCAAGGACGGUCGCCCGCUGGCGGAGGGCGCCGGCGUCAACGUGCUACACGGAGGGGAGGUGCUGGUCAUCGAGUCCGUGGGCAAACACGAUCGCGGCAUGUACCAGUGCGUCGCGCGCUCCGGCGACGAGAGCGCGCAGGGCAGCGCCGAGCUCACCCUCGGAGCGGUGGCGCCGGAGCUGCAGUGGACGUUCAUCGAGCAGACGCUGCAGCCGGGGCCCGGCGUGUCGCUGCGCUGCGUGGCCUCGGGCAACCCGCCGCCGCGCGUGCACUGGCUGCUGGACGGCGCCGAGCUGAGCCCGCGCGCGGGGCUCGUCAUGGGCAGCGCGCUCGACGCCCAGGGCGACGUCGUCGCGCAGCUCAACAUCUCGAGCGCGCGCGUCGCCCAUGGCGGCCUCUACACCUGCGUCGCACGCAACGACCUCGGCUCCGCCCAGCACUCUGCCACGCUCAACGUGUACGGCCCGCCGAUGGCGCGCGCGCCGCGCAACCUGACGGCGGUGGCGGGCCGCGACGUGUAUCUGCGCUGCCCGGUGGCGGGCUAUCCCAUAGCCAGCGUGUCGUGGCGGCGCGCGGGCGAGCAGCUGCCGUCCCACGUGCGCCAGCGCGCCUUCCCCAACGGCACGCUGCUGCUGCGCCAGGUGGAGGGCGCCUCGGACCGCGGGGAGUACUCCUGCACCGCCACUAACCAGCAGGGGCAGUCCGCGCAGGGCCGCCUCCACCUCGACGUCAUGAAGCCACCUCAAAUUGCUCCAUUCCAGUUUCCCAGCAACCUGCAAGAGGGCAUGAGAGCACAAGUUUCUUGCAGCAUCAUAUCUGGUGACUUACCGAUCACCAUUACAUGGCGGAAAGACGGAGGGCCGCUUCCACAGGAGGCCGAUGUUCACGAGCAGCAGCAUGAGUUUGUCAGCAACCUGUUGUUCUCCAACCUGGCCGCUCGACACUCUGGCCACUACAUGUGCAUAGCGAGCAACGCAGCUGCCGUGGCCAACUACACAACCAGACUCAUUGUCAGAGUUGCUCCAACGUGGUUGAUAGAGCCCCAAGACGUAUCAGUGCUGUAUCAGCACCCUGUUUCGCUUCACUGUCAAGCCAAUGGUUUUCCGGUUCCUACCAUCACCUGGAUGAAAGCCAAAGACAUACCCUUGGAAACAGGACAAAGGAUGAUAAUUUCUUCUAAUGGGUCAGUUAUAAUCAGAGCAGCGGAUCCAAGUCACGAAGGUCAUUACACAUGUCAAGCUAGCAACGGUAUUGGUCCUGAACUGAGAAAGGUGGUCUACUUACGAGUUAAUGUGCCAGCACAUUUUCGCACUAGGGCCAUGAAUCAGAGCGGCACUGCUGGAGAAGCCACAGUCCUAACGUGUGAAGCUGAAGGUGACCUUCCACUUCGAAUAUCAUGGACAGCAUCUCAUCGGUCAUUAACACCAAGCCACACACAAACGUUAGAGAGGCAGAUACCCAAUGGUAUCGCUGCAGAACUUCACCUAGAAGAUCUCAGUCGGAGAGAUGCUGGACCUUAUCGAUGCUCUGCAACGAAUGAAUUUGGACAGGAUGAAAUGACAAUUUAUCUGACUGUGAAAGAGCCUCCUGAAUCUCCAGGACGAGUUGAGGUCUUGGAGACUAACAGCCGUUGGGUGAACGUCGCAUGGGGCACUCCCUACUCGGGCCACGCGCCGAUUUCACACUACAUAGUGCAGUUCCAAGAGGAGGACUCGAGUUUAAAUGUAUGGAACAACGUCACUGUCGGAGGCAGCGCACGCACAGCGCGCCUAGGCGGACUCAAACCAGCCACGGCGUACAAACUGAGGCUCGUGGCCGUGAACGAGGUCGGACCCAGUGCCCCGAGCGACCCAACAACUGCUUACACUUUGCAAGAAGCUCCGAGUGGUCCGCCUAUUGAUAUCUCAGUCGAAGCCACCAUGCCUGAAUCCCUGUUAGUCAGAUGGAAGCCACCACUGCAGAGCUAUGCAAAUGGAGAGAUCCUUGGCUACCACAUAAACUACCGGCAAGUUUCUGGACCAGGCGGUCAGGGGCAGCAGCUGCAGCGCACUGUCAGGGGUGCACAUAGGUUGGAAGUGCUGCUCACUUCCCUGGAACACUACACACGCUAUGAGGUUACUGUGCGUGCUUUCAACCAGGUUGGCUCAGGCCCUGCAUCACCACCUCAUUUUGUCACCACUCUCGAGGGUGUUCCAGAUAUGCCUCCACAAGAUUUACGCUGUUCAGCACUGUCCCCGCAGAGUAUCAGAGUGCGCUGGGAUCCACCACCACCAGAACACAGGAAUGGUAUCAUAGAUAGCUACAAAGUAUUCUACAAGAAUGCAAAUGAUGUGGAGGUAAAGAAAACAACAAACUUAGAGACCAACCUCCACGGAUUAGCAAAGUUCACAAAUUACAGUAUAAGAGUGUUGGCACUAACUUCUGCAGGAGAAGGCAUUCGGUCAAACCCAAUUCACUGCACAACAGAAGAAGAUGUUCCAGGUCCACCAGAACAUAUCAAAGCAUUGGCAAUGACAUCUGAUAGCAUCAUGGUAGCAUGGACAAAGCCAGCUGAGCCAAAUGGAAAUAUAGUGAAAUACAAUGUAUACAUUAGCACUACCCAGCAACAUGGAAACAAGGAAACACAGAAGGAAACUGUGUUUGGAGACAGGGAACUAAUAUAUGAAGUAAGAAGACUGAAAGAAUUUCAGAGAUAUGAUUUCUGGGUUACAGCAUCGACAACAGUUGGAGAAGGACAGCCAAGUCCAAAAGUCUCACAGGCUCCUAUAUCUCGUGUGCCAGCACGGAUAGCAUCAUUUUCCAGACGUGUUGUACAUGGUGCUGGACAAAGCCUGGUGUUACCAUGUCGGACAGUUGGACUUCCAGCUCCUUCUAGACAGUGGAGAGGGCCAUCUGGUGCCUCAAUUACAUCCCAAGUCCUUCCAGACGGUGGCCUUGCACUAGGGCCACUUCGUCCUCAGGAAGCAGGCAAUUAUACUUGCGUGGCAGAGAAUGUCUAUGGAAAAGAUGAAAUCAACUACUGGGUCAUUGUUCAGAUUCCACCCAGCCCUCCUGUAUUGUCUGUUCCAGCUUCCACAUCUCGCAGCCUGUCACUGCAAUGGAAGUUAUUUGAUGACGGGGGAAGCCCAAUCACUGGAUACACACUUAACUACAAGAGAGAUUUUGGUGAGUGGCAAGAAGUAUCAAUUGAUCCUGAUCGAAAGACGUACAACUUGGAAGGAGUAAAAUGUGGCUCAAAUUACCAGUUGUACCUCACAGCAAGUAAUUCUGUUGGUACAAGCAAACCAAGUCCAGUAGUAAAUGCAGCUACCAAAGGAUCAGCUCCAAAAAUUCCUAAUCAAGAAGAUUUAUUAUCCGUAAAUUCGACAUCAGUAAUACUGUUUUUGGACUCCUGGCCAAGUGGUGGGUGUCCAUUACAGUAUUUUGUGGUGGAAUAUCGUGCAAAAGAUCAAAAGUCUUGGACUCUUGUUUCAAACAAUAUCCAGCAAGAAGAGCUGGUAAUCCCUGAUCUUACACCUGCUACUUGGUACGCUAUUCGAGCAACAGCUCAUAAUGAUGCAGGUUCUCGUCAACAUGAAUUUGUGUUUGCUACGAGGACAAAAACAGGAGAAAUUGUGCAUCCAGAACUUGUCACUGAUACAUCAGAAAAGCAAGAAUCCUUCUAUACUCAUCUGAACAUCAUUAUUCCAAUCCUGUCAGGAAUAAUAUGCACAGUGGCAGCAUCAAUCUGUGUUUGCAUUGUUGUCCAUAGAAGGCACUAUGCAGGAUACAAACAAGGUGAUACUGGCUUUGGUGCAAAAUCACUUGCAGAACUUGAAAAUCAGCGAAACAGUGACCAACAAAGUGGAGGACACCUACAGGGAGGGCAGUUGUAUUCACCAUCUCCAGCCAGAAAAGGAGACUCUUCUCUCAGUGGCCAAAAGGGCAGUGAUACAUCAGGAGGUCAGGACUACGAAAUCUGUCCAUAUGCAACAUUCAGUUUACCAAGUGGGCCUAACAAUACACAGACAAUGGACUAUUCAAUGCAGUUCCAGACAUUCAGCCAACAAGAAUGUUAUUCUGGGCAGCCUCGACCAAGUACGUCAGGAUAUGGAAGCAAGUCAACGAAAGAGUAUUACUCACGUGUAAGAGCCAAGUCAGCAGCAUCACGUAAUUCUGGUGAAAUCAAGUUACCAAGAUCUUCCAAAAGCCCACCAGAUGGCCUUAGCUUAGAAAUCUCUUGCAUCUCGAGUCAGCAGACACUGCCUGUCUCUGUGGCAGUCGCAUCCAGUGGGCAUCGACGCACCAAGUCACCUCCAAGUCAUGUCCACAACAGUUCCAGUGCAGUAGGAUUCAGCAGGUCACGCAGCUGUUCCAUGGGUGCUGAUCAGGACUCAGACAGCAGUGGAGGUCCUGGCAGCCCAAGACGGAAUGAGUCCAAACCUGUUCAAUAUCGCAUACCAGCUUCCAACAGCAGAACAUCUAAAGUACCACAUCAUGCUGAGUCUACAUUUGAUCUUGACUCAAGCACAGAAUCCACAGAAGCAUCACCAGAAGUGAGCCACAGAUCAAGACGUGGCAUGGUAGCAAGAAGAGGGGCGCCCUCCAGGCAGAAUACCAGCAGCAGUACAGUGUGUCAGGAAGUUGUUCCUCUGCAGCCUCCAUCUGGUUUUUCUGAUGGUCAAGAAUUAUCAGAAGCUGAAUGUGAUAGAGAAACCGUCAGAGAAAAUGUUGCUGGUCUUCCUCUUUUCAGGCAUGAAGAACUAGAACAGGAAUUGUCCACUCUUGUAAAACGAUAUCGACAGGAACGAGACAGAGAGAAACAAGAUUACACAAUACAUGUCUGAGCCCCCAAAGCUACAUAGAAUUCCAUUGAGGCGAAUGAGCUUUAAGACUUGAAUUACAGUGCUCACAGAAUUCUCCUUCAGUGUCUUAACAUUUCAACAGCACAGUGAGCUGUUUAGCUGAUUGAAUAUAGUGUGUGUAUGUGUGUUAAUGCAAAAACAGUGUGUGAAGAAAGUGUGAACUAAACAAGUGAAACACUAUUUCAUUUUGUACAUGCUGCUGUAUAUGUUUCUGUCCAAUGAACACCAAUAUCAAAAUGGUGGAAUUUAUACUGACCUUGUGAAAACCAAUGGAUAAGAUGUUGAGUGGUAACGUUGGAGUUUUUUGUAAAAAAAGUAUUUUGUAAACAAACUAUAUACAUAUAUACAUAUAUAUUUGUAGCUUCUAUUAAUGAAGCAUGAUAAAUGACUGCAACUACUGUUAUAUUAUCUAUGACUGUUAAAGAACCGUGACAUAUAUACAAUUAUUAAUUAAAACACUGUUAUUAAGACAUAUAUUCUAUUCAUGUAUGUCUGUCUGUGUGGUGCAGGCAAAGUCCAAAAUGUAGCCUCCUGUCUUACGCUCAGUUUUAUUGCUCUUCAAAUAUUUUCCACAGAUACAGAAGGUUACAUGAUCUAAUUGUUGCUGUUAGCAGUAAUGAAGAAUGACUUUAAUGCAAUUCAGUGGUCUUAUUGCAAGAUGGUUUUAUAACCUGAUACCAUAUUUACAGCUAUGGGAUAUUCAGGUAAAUCUGAAUAAGUACAAAAUAAUGUUCUUUUUUUUAAGUAUGGAAAAGA